UUAUUGUAGACCUGUUGUAAGCUAGGAGCGUCUUACAAUGAAACUUAUUGUUUUUGUUUGUUUGUUACCUCUGGUAUCAAGUUGGUGGAAACCUGGACCAACGUUAUCCUGGCAAUGGCAGCUCACAAGCAAAAUACAUACAAAUUUAGAUGUUCAAGUUUAUGACGUGGAUCUAUUUGAUGCUACUGACAGUGAUAUUCAUGCUAUUAAGAGCCAUGGACACAAAUUGGUGUGUUACUUUUCAGCUGGAUCGUAUGAAAACUGGCGUGCGGAUGCCAAGGCAUUUCCCUCUUCUGCAUUGGGUAAUAAAUUAGAGGGCUGGGAAGGAGAGAAAUGGUUAGAUAUCAGAAGCUCAGCUGUUAAAACCAUCAUGGAAGCUAGGCUAGCCAAGGCAGUAUCACGGGGUUGCGACGCAGUUGAACCAGAUAAUGUAGAUGGUUACCAAAAUAAAAAUGGCGUAGGUUUAACGUCUUCUAACCAGAAAGACUAUAAUAUUUGGCUUGCCAAGACCGCCCAUUCUAAAGGUUUAUCUGUUGGACUGAAGAAUGCAGUUGAUUUAAUUAAGGAUCUAGAACCGUAUUUUGAUUGGGCUCUAAAUGAAGAAUGCGUGAAUUAUGAUGAAUGUGACAAAUAUAAACCAUUCCUAGACAAACAUAAGCCUGUGUUUCAUGUUGAGUAUGUAGAUAACCACAGUGAAGGUACCAAUAAGGCAAAAAAGAUAUGUAAUAGUCAUGGUCGACCUCAUCAAUUUAACACUCUGAUUAAAGAUUGGGACUUGACGUCAUGGAGAAUGACAUGUUGAUAAUAAAUGGAAUAAAGCACUAAAAUGAA